AUGAAAAAAGAAGGAAAACGCCUUAAGAAGGUAGUCAAGAGUAAUGAUCCCCUUGAUGAUAAACGUUUCGAGCAUGUUAGGUCGGAUCCGAAGUUUGCUCAUAUCAAAACUGCGGAUAGGAAAAUUGUAAUUGAAAAACGUUUCUCUGGAUUGCUCUCGGAUGAGAGAUUUGCUAAUUCUUCCACUGUGGAUAAAAGAGGAAAACCAAUACGAAGAAAGAAAAACAACUUGAACUCGUUAUACGCUGUGGAAUCGGAUGGUGAGGAAGAGGCUGAACAGUUAGGCUUGAAGACAAAAGAAGAAAAGAAGCUGAAAAAAAAGAAAACCGUUGUUCCAACGAAAAAAGCUAAGGAGGAGAGUGAAGAAUCAGCGGAAGAUGUCAAAGACUCCACUGACUCAGAUGACUCGGAUGAACCUGUUAGAAUUGAUCUUGCCAGAGGAGAUGGAAACAUAUCUUCAUCUGAUGAUGAUGAGUCUUCUGAGGACUCUGAAUGGGAUAUGCCCGAUGAUGUAGCCCAACAGAUGGAUGUCGCAAUGCUGGACAAUAAUUGUGAACAAGUGGAGUGGGCAAGUAGGCGUUUGGCUGUUUGCAACCUAGACUGGGAUGUGGUCAAGGCAGAGGAUAUUUUUAUUUUAGUCAAUUCUUUUGUACAGACCGGUGGUGAAGUAUUCAACGUUGGAAUUUAUUUAUCAGAUUUUGGUAAAGAAAAAAUGGAUGUAGAAGAAAACCUUGGUCCUCAACUUAAUCUCGAGAAGAUCGGUGAUGAUGAGGAAUAUGACGCCAAUGAUAGGAAAGUAAUCUUCGCCGUACGGAAGUAUAAUCUGGAGAAGUUGAAAUAUUAUUAUGCAGUAAUUGAGUGCGAUUCCGAGACCACCGCUACAAAAAUAUACGAAAAUUGCGACGGAGUUUUGUUUGAGAACUCAGGAUUAAAAAUGGAUCUUAGAUUCGUUCCUGAUGAUAUGGAAUUUGAUCAAGAGAGACUGAAAGAGCAAUUGAAGCAGAGCGAUUUGAACUUGAUGAGGUACAGACCUAAAGCCGAUUUUGAAUCAGUGGUCACUCGUGUCGGUCAGGAUGUUCAGUGGGACGAUGCAGAUUUUGAAAGAUCGAAAAUAGUGCAAGAAGCAUUCGAUUACGAAGAAACUGAAAGAAAUGAUAUGAUUGCUGAUUCAGACUCUGAAGAUGACAAUGCGAGAGAACAACGAAAAAAAGCAUUGCUCUCUUUGAUCGCUGAUAAACCACGAACUGAAAGCCUCAAGAUUGAAUGGGACGGUGAAGAUCAAGAUACUAGCGAUAGUGAUGAUAGCGACAUUGAAAAAGCUUUAGCGAAGAGAUCUGCAAAUGGAGAAAACAGUGAUGAUGAAAGCGCCUCAGAGGCUCUAGAAGCGGAAAAAACUCAGCCAAAGAAAAAUGGCUACAGAGCGUAUAUGGAGAAGGCCAAGGAGAAGAGGAAAGAGAAGAAGCUUCGUAUACGAGAAGCUAAACACCAAGGCGUCGCUCAAGAAAUUGGAGAGCCACAGAAGAAGAAGAGAGCUCAAACAAGAGCGGAUUUGAAACAGAGCGAUUAUGGUACUGCCGCUUCUGUUUUGGCUGAUGAUCGAUUCAAUGCUCUCAUUACUGAUAGUGCAUUCACAAUUGAGCAAACAAAUAAACAUUCUAAGGGAACAAAGCUAAUAGAACUUCAAGUCCAAGCAAAGAAAUCCAUUGUCCCAGUCGCCAAAAAAGAGGAAUCGUUGGUGGAAAGUCUCAAAUCAAAAUCUGCCAAAUGGAGUUCCAAGAAAAGAAAAUAG